UGUCCAAACGAUGCUGUAAAAUAUUAUACAGUGGAUACACAUGAUGUUAAAUCAAAUCUCGCAUGAUUGGAGUGCACUUUAUUUAGUUUUAUUGUUAUAAUAGCCCAAUGGGAUGCAUACAGUUUCAUUUCUUAAUUUGUAUCUUAAGGAAGGGGAUGUUAACUACUUGAAAAUGACUAUUGGACAAGCGAUGUUAUCCCGGAGACCAUCCAUAGUCCUGGCUCUUUACAUUCUGGUUUCAUGCAUCAGGAUAAAUGGUGCAGUACUGGUGUCACACAUUUGCAAUGAAGUAUCUGGCAACUCAGAUCAAGUUAAUCUACAGGUUACCAUAAAUAAUGCGUCAACGAUCUUUAAGGUCUACGCCUUCCAGGCAGCUGCCGGCGACACUACAAAGUCAGCAAACAGAAUUACCGAUUCGGCAUGCAUUAAGACCGCUGCCGAAUCUAUAGUUUACGAUUUUACUGUUACGACAACGGAUGCGUCUCAUGCAUGCGGUAUAUCUGUGGCAACUGAAGACGGUACUCAAAUUGUGAAGUUUGUAUUUCGAAUAUAUGCGUACACCGAUGACGUAAAUUCCGGCGAUGAUUUGUCUUAUGAAGCGCCAUGUAGAAUGGACGCUCUGACGGGGUCCACCGUAUCCACUGGCCAACUGGAUACCAGUGCUCGUGGGAAUGUGGUUCUUCAACGACAGCUCAUUGGAGCUUAUUUGCGAGUGCGGCAUAAACGCAACAAUUUAGAAGUCGAUAUAGCAAAAGUUGGUGAUGAAGUUUUCCUGUCAGUAGAAUUCUACCCGGAACUUUCGUUAGGUCCCGACCUCUACGGUUCUUCCUUCACGGUGGCGUUUCCAGGCAUCGAUCCUGUAGACGGUACGACAUCAAGCGAACUGUAUAUCCUACUUUAUCCUAGAUACGCAUUUACGACAGUGGUUACUGUAACAACAAAAUACGGAGAAGACAAGUAUUUUCUCGAAGGUGGUGUGCUAGAAAAAGUCCCCAUUCCUUCAGAUCUGAUGGGUUGCUCAGACGGUAAAUGUUCAGAUGGUGUUGCCGAAAUAACAGAUAAAGGUGUGCUGAUAGAGACAGAUCUCCCUGGGCUAGAGAUAGGAGUGGUUGUAUGUAGUACUGAGACUGGUAAUGCCGACUGCUAUACAGCCUACCCCGAUGAUAUAUUAGGAAUAGAUUACGUCACAACCUCAAUGCCAGCUGAGAAUGAAUAUUCUGAAAUAAGUAUAGCUGCACAGGCAGAUGGCACUACAGUUACUAUUGAUAUCCCAGAUCACUAUGCACAUAUAAUCACCUUAAAUAACACGUCAACCGAUGCAGGCGGGAGCAUAACUAUUUCACUAGACAGGGGAAUGGUUUUUCAUCUGGCACAAACAUCAGCGACAGCAGAUAGAUCAAAUGUGAACGGUUAUCACAUCACGUCUGAUGCACCUGUAUCUGUUAUAAGCGCUAACCGAAAUUUCAACAACGGUCACAUGGCAACACCAAUUUCUCCAACAACCAAGUUCGAUACAGAGUACGUUCUUCUCCCUUACAAGGAAAAUGGAGCUGUGACAACCUUUAUCAUACAACCCGUACAAGAAGGACGCAGUUACUGGUUUCUUAGCAAAGUGUCACGGAUGGUAGCAUUGUCAUCGAAAACAAAGUUAGAUUAG